AUGGCUCUGGGUUUCAUCAUUUGCCGCGAUGAUGUGAUUUGGGAGAAUUACCUGAGGUCCGCAAGUGUAACGAUAUUACGAGUUCCAUGGAUUCGGGUUGCUAGUAGAGAUGCUGCAUGUGAAUAUACUGUGAAACACCAGUUGCCAAGAUGUACUACUCGAAAUCCCAUGAACUCCCGAAGUUCAAAGGACCUUGGACAUAAAGAGUUGAUCGAGCACUGGUGUUCCGAGAUAGCAAUGAGUAUUACCAUACACCGUCUGGUAUCGCACGUUAAGACUCCUACCACUCGUUGA